AUGGCGUGGGGCGUUGAUGGGGAGGAGGGGGGUGGAAGUGCGAAUGGGGAUAGGAAUGCGGGGUGGGAGGGAGCUUGGGGGUUGAAGGAGAGAGAUUCAGUGGGUGGGUUUUCAUUGGGCAGGGAAUGGGGAAUGAGGGAUAUAGGGAUUGUGGUGGGAUGUUAUACGGCGGUUUUGGUGUUGUUUUUGGGGGUGGCUGUUGUUUAG